AGGACCGCCACUGUCAGGGAGAUGUUAUGUUGUGCAGUGUGAGGAGUUAGCAGAGUAGAAGGUUAAGGUCCCUGGAUCAGCAAGUCUACACAACUAUCACGUUUCUUGAUAACAACAUAAAAAUUCAGCAACUGUGGAAUCGAAGAGUCUCACUAUAUUUUCUUUUUAAUGCAAUUGCAAAAGAUUUUUUUUUUUAAUUUUGCUGUUACACUUCUGCUGAUCACAUACUGGACAGAAAAUCCACAUAAAGUCAGUACCUGUGGUGCAGGAGGGCUGAUGGGGAGGAGAUCUAAUACGAAAACCAUUUAAGAACCCUUUAAAAUGACCUGAUCAUGUUUGUUUCAGUUACAUGUCUAGGCCAACUCAAUGUGUCUGAGCCACAGAUGUCAGGCAUGAACUCUGGAGGUCAGAACCGCCCACCAAAGGGUCCUUUGAUGGAUUUGCAGUUUGAAAAUUGCAGAGGACACAGGCAUAAUUUUCAUACUGUUCACUGUUAUUAAGAAUGAGUCACAUCAUAAGACAGAUUGUCUAAACUGUUAAUUUAUCCAAACUAGUGUUCUGAAGUAUCAUUAGGUUUAUCCAUCAUCUGCCAUACUACAUCAAAGUAAGGUAGUCAAGCAAAGGAGCCAGGGUGAUGUGUAAAGACAUGUAAAGACUAAAAAUAUGCAGAAAAAUGAGACAUAUUGUUGAAAGUGCACUCAUUACUCAGACAUCUUGAAAUGGUUAUCAUGUUUAGGGAAUGUCAUGGUAAUUUCUGGGCUUUGUUAUGAACUGUUCUCUUUUAAAAGUGGAACGAUUGUACAGCAUGCAUCUUUAAUGACUUAAAAAACAAUAAUUGAGUGCACAAGUUUGAAUUUAUUUGGAGUUACACAGACUCCAACUAAUAUUGAUUAAAUGUCUAUUAGCAGCGUUCACCUUGACCAGAUGUUUUUUACAAUCAUAAACAAGCUUUGGCAUAAUUCUGGCUGGAUAUGUGACCACUCUUCACAGCAGAAGAGUUGGUUGGUUUCCUGGCAUUGACCUGGCUUUUAAACACAGAACACAGAUUUUCAAUAGGACUAAAAUCUGGAAGUUCAUUCCAGACACUUAAUGGGCCAUUUCUACAGGAUCAAGAGUACAGGAUCUUCAGUUUAAGCAAUUGCAUGUAAGUACAAGUUAUUCUGAUAUGUCAUCACUUUGUCAGUCGGAGCUGAGCAAGAAGGAAGUCCCUUUUCUAAAAUUGACAUCUUCAAGCUCGAAAUUUGUAGCCAAAUGCUUUCUGGACAAACAUGUUAUGAUCAGACGAGACAAAGAUUGAACUAUUUGGCUAAAAUGGCAAUAAAUAUGUUUGAGUUGUUGUUGCUGUUCUUUACACUAUAAGGUAAAGAUGCUACAGUACAGUAAAUGACUUGUCAAAUUGUGAAGCACUUGUGUACACAAGUAGCCACUUGACAUAUUACAGUUUAGUAUUUCCAUAAGUUUCAUCAUGGCCAAUCAGUUAAUAACUAUACUAAUGCUGGUGUGCUUAAGUAUAUCAGUGAAAUAGAAGUUGAUAUAGUCAGUGUGGUUGGGUAUUUUAUUUAUACUUGUAUCACUGUGGAUGCCAAGGACAUGAAGGAGGAGGAGAAGUGGAAGUACAGUAGUAAAGAUUUGAAGCUGCAAGUCAUCUGAUUUUAGAUGUGCUGUAGUUAUAACCUUGAUGAAGAUUGUGUAAAUGGUUGGUAGUGGGAAGAGACAGGGGGAGACAUAUAAUUCACUAUAAGGGAUUGCACGGCAGACUGACAGUUAUCGUAACGAGUUUCUUUAUUAUUAUUUGAGUGAAGUUUAACAAACUUGUCAAAGCAAGAACAGGACUUAUGAAACUGUUACAACAAACUGCAGACCAAAUGGUUGUAGAUCAUGACAGUGAGCAACCCGACACAAUACCAGGAACUUGAGACUGGCAUACUAAAAUGCUGUAAUACUGUUAGGUUUUCAGUCCAUCACAUGUGUGCAAUGAAAAAUGAGUAAUUACUCAAGGUCAAGUUGACAAGCUGUUCUCACAGCAGAGAAAAGCAGACAGGAGGGGAAACACUGAGAGCGACACCCCAGUGCAGGUGCAACACAAACAGACAGUACGUGCACUCAGGACAGCUUUGGCACUAUAUCAUAGUUGAAGAGUUUGUUCUUGCUUGGUGGAGAAAUGCUAGACUUUAGACUAUUGAUCAAUCAGUGUCACUUGUACUUUUCAGUUUGUGCCAGGGAAUGUGCUGUAUGUCUGCUCUCACUGGGGCUUGAGCCAUCUCUGUGAGGGUUUGAAGGGCAGCUGGAAAGUAAAAACAUGAACUACACAGCAGCUACGCAGCUAGUUGAGCUCACUAUUUACUCUUUUAGAUUUCAUCACCUUUUCAACAAAGUGUAUUUGUUGGUGUGUUAUGUAAAGUUAAAAGCUGGAGUGCUGCACAAGCAUGUUAGCAUGCGAGCUUUUGUGCUUGUCAGUGUGUUGCUGUGCAAAGAUGCUUUUAUAUUAUCCUCUGCUAUCUUAUGUAUGCUUGUUUGUGUGUCCUCAAAUGUGUGUGUGCAGGGAGCAGGGGCAUUUCUCUGACCUGUGUACUGACCCCCUGUCGGGUAAUUGGAGUAUGUGUAACGCUGAUGACCUUGGGAGCCAUUGGAGCAGCCGUUUGGGCCGUAGUUACAUAUUGCACAAUGGAGGAAGACAUAGAACAGUAUGAUGUUCAGGUAAAUUCACCUGACCAGCAUCUCAGAGUCUUCGACUCCACUCACAGGAGGUGGCGUCAGGUGUGUUCCUCCCCAGUUGAUGAACUGCUAGCUAGCAUCAGCUGUGAAGAAGUGGGAUUUGUCAGCGUGGUGAAUUACUCAGUCACAGCUGUGUCAGAGGCCAGCGGCGAUGCUGGAGACUUCUUCUGCGUCAGACAGGAAGAGCUCAGCUAUGGCAAGAAAAUCAAAGACUCAUUGUAUCCAUGUGACUGUGAAAGCCGGGAAGUUCUCACACUGUUGUGCCAAGACUGCGGCAGACGUAGUUUUGCGGCAGACCGUAUAGUGGGUGGUGUGGACGCCAGGCACGGCAGCUGGCCUUGGCAAGUCAGUUUGCAGUACGAUGGUGUUCAUCAGUGUGGAGGAUCCAUUAUCUCAGACCGCUGGAUUGUUUCUGCAGCUCAUUGCUUCCCAGAGCGAUAUCGCUUUGUUAAUCGCUGGCGUGUGCUGUUGGGCUCCAUCUACAAUAAACCUGUCAAUGCCAACGUAGCGGAGGUUAAGACCAUUGUUUACCACAGCAGCUACCUGCCCUUUGUAGAUGCUAACAUUGACGACAACAGCAGAGACAUCGCUGUCCUGGCCCUCACUCAGCCUCUCACUUUCAAUGAAUACAUCCAGCCUGUUUGCCUACCUGCAUAUGGCCAAAGGCUGAUAGAUGGACAGAUGGGAACAGUGACAGGCUGGGGAAAUGUAGGGUACUAUGGCCAUCUAGCAGAUGUUCUACAGGAAGCCAAUGUCCCCAUCAUCAGUGACGCCGUCUGCAAUGCUCCUGACUACUACGACAACCAGAUCACUACUAGUAUGUUCUGUGCUGGCUAUGAGAAAGGAGGCACUGAUGCCUGUCAGGGAGAUAGUGGUGGACCCUUUGUGGCUGAAGACUGCUUGUCUAAGACCACUCGAUAUCGUCUGCUAGGAGUAGUGAGCUGGGGAACUGGCUGUGCCAUGUCCAAGAAACCUGGUGUCUACACAAGAGUGUCCCGAUUUCUGCCCUGGAUAUCCUCAGCCAUGAGGAACUAUCAAAACUCACCCGGUGUUCAUAAAAUGGCACGGACAUGAGAUUCCUGCUUUCAUGUUUCUGCUUUUUCCACUCUUGGAUGACAAAAUGGACAGUCCCCAUAAGUGAUACUGUGACUACAUAGGUGCUACGACAGGGGGAAACAAGGCUGUGAUGUUCCCCUCUUGUCAAGCCUUCCAUUCUCACUGAAACAUUUUUCUGAGGAUUUUAACAACUCUCUGAGCCUUUACUGUAGAGUGAAAAGUCUGGACACAGUCACACCUUCAUAUUCAUACCGUACAUAUUAUCAAAUGUUAAUAGAGGCUUAUGUCUUUGCAGGGAUACACAGACAGAGCCCAGACAUGAGGAUUUCAAGUGAUGAGCUUACUGAUUCACUGCAGUAAUCAGAACCACUACAGAUUGUAAACUACAUUAUUUUUCCGACACCAUUUUCUUUGUAUUUCUGUGGGAAAAAGUUACCAGAAGUAAACCUAUAAAUACAACAUCAGUUAAUUGUGUACUUAUAAGGUCUGUUUGAAGAAUUCAUGAUGUAAUUUCAAGCCUGAUUUUAUGAAAUUCUUCUUUAUGUGGAGAUUUUAUUUGUUUGCCCCACACAAGUCACUUUCUUCAGUGUUGGUCUUCCUGCGGCCUUCUACUCA